AUGGCGGCCUUCAGGCGCGCGAUCCGCCAGUUCCGUGUGGCUGCUGCAGAGGUGGUCAGUAGCAGCCCGCGACCCACUGUGUCUUCGUGCGCGUCUGAGACUCUCAUUCGGACGUCGUUGAGACGAUACCGUGCCCUGCUACGAUGGGUCGUGGUGAUCGAAGAACGCACUGAAGCUGGGUGCGCUGUUUGUCUGAAAGUCGCUGACGAGACCGGUCUGGCAAUUGACAAGGGAGCCCAAGCCCUUGCACAUUCCGCCUGCAAAGAUGAUGAAGCUAUAAUUAAUUAG